AUGCUUUCUCUCACCCGAAAAUUCUCAAAAUCGUGUUAUGGCCAGCCCGGAGUACCUCUAUCGAUAACUUGUCAAGGCCGGUCGCGCGUGAGGAUCUUUUCGCUUACACCAAUGGCCAUUUCCUUGUCGAUGAAGAACAUCAGUUUAGCCGACGAUAGGUCCGGUUCGACUUGGACGCGCUCUGCAGUACGGCGGCCUUGGUUGGAGGAGAUUCUAGCCUCGUGA